AUGGUAUCACUAGUUUUAGCUGGGAACUCCUUUUCUGGGGGUAUUUCUUCCCUAUGUGAAAUGCUGGUUCCGAAUAGCACUCUAAGUUACUUGGACCUAUCCGGAAAUCUUUUAUCGGGAGAGAUUCCAGAUUGUUGGACGUAUGGGCGGAAGUUGGUCAUUCUAAGCUUGGCGAACAACCAUCUGUCCGGCAAAAUCCCCAACUCCAUUGGUCAUCUAGUUCAUCUCAAUACACUGCAUUUGGAAAACAAUAGUAUUACGGGUGAACUGCCAUUGUCCUUGAAGAACUGCACGAGUUUGUUUGUCUUGGAUGUCGGGCACAACAAAUUGUCUGGGAAUAUACCAGCAUGGAUUGGGGAAGAAAUGCAAAAUUUGAUGAUUCUUCGCCUGUGUGCUAAUGCAUUUGAAGAAAACAUUCCUUCACAGGUCUGCCAACUAAAAUCACUCAAAAUCUUGGACCUUUCUUUUAAUUACUUAUCUGGGUCCAUUCCAGGGUGCAUGAACAAUUUGCUUGACAUGGGCAAGCUGGAGCUCGUCCGCUCUUACAUUUUUUUUCCUUACACCACCUACAGAGAGAGUGUGCAGCUUAGAUUUAAAAAUGGCGAUUACAAAUUUUCUUUUACCCUUGUAUUUGUUAAGUUUUUAGAUCUGUCAUCCAAUAACUUAUCCGGAGACAUUCCUAGAGAAAUCACGAGCCUAAUUGGAUUGCAUUACCUAAAUCUUUCAAGAAAUCAUCUGGCAGGAACCAUCCCCGACGGCUUUGGUAACCUUGAAUCUCUGGAGUGUCUUGAUUUGUCAAGGAAUGAGCUUUCAUGCACAAUUCCAGCCAGCUUGUCUAAUUUGUUGUUUCUUUCUGUGUUGGACUUGUCACAUAACAGACUGUCAGGGAAAAUUCCUUCUGGCAGUGGCAAUCAGCUCGGUGCUUUCGAUGCAACGACCUAUAUGGGGAAUCGUCGCUUGCAAAUGGUUGCUUGA